AUGUUUUCAUUCAAACCGCUAGAAAGUGAGUUCGCCAAAUCACUCAGCUGUCCAGGAGCUCCGACGUUUGUUGAAGUAAAACUGGAAGAUCUUUCGGAAAGUCCAUUUCCCCCGGGCGAAAGCUGGAAUCCUAAGCCUUGUGUUUUGCCGGAAAAAUAUCAACAUUUCGCCGAUAAAGUAAGGAAUUUCGAGGUCUUCGAGGAUGAUGUUUGGACCGUUACUUUUCCGAAGUGUGGCACAACAUGGACACAGGAGAUGGUCUGGUUGAUUGAUCAUGAUUUAGAUUAUGACACAGCCAAGCAGAUCAAUCUGAAUCGACGUUCAGUGUUUCUGGAAAUCGGUGCCAUCGCUCACAAUCUGCCAGUAGACAGCAUUUCAAAUACAGCCAGCCUUCCACGUCCUCGUCACAUAAAAUCACACCUACCGCUGGCGUUGCUUCCCAAGCAACUGUGGACGGUUAAACCAAAAAUCAUUUACGUGUCACGCAAUCCCAAGGACGUGGCUGUGUCUUACAUGCAUCACUAUCAGAUGAUCAUGGGAUACCGUGGAACGAGGGAAAACUUCCUCGAGGGUCUGUUGGCGGAGAAGGUUAUGUUUUGUCCACAGGUUCAGCAUGUGCUCGAUUUCUGGCGCAUUCGCCAGUUGGAAAAUGUCCUUUUUCUAACCUACGAACAAAUGAAACGUGAUCUGCCGGAAGUGCUGUCGCGAGUGUGUCAGUUCUUCGGGAAAAACUACUCUGAGGAACAGCUUUCGGAACUGUGUCACCACCUUUCCUUCGAUCAAAUGAAGAAGAAUCCGGCGACAAACAACGUUGAAAUGGUAGCCUCAGCGAUGCAAAUGAACGGAAGGGGUGGCGAGAAGUUCGAAUUCAUAAGGAAAGGCCAGGUUGGCGAUCAUAAAAACGAGCUUAGCGAUGAUUUUAUCGAACGAUUCGAUGACUACAUUGCACGGGAACUCGAAGGUUGUGACUUUGAUUUCAAUCACUAG